CGAAUAUUAGCGCAGGACUGUAAACACUGAGGAGCAUUAGCUAAGUUUCAGUUCAGCACGGAGAGAUUCUGCUAACGGAAGCACAAAGAUGGCAUCGCGUUUUUGGGUUUGGAAAACCCAAAACAGACCCGAAGGCUGUUAGGAAAAUCCAAGUAGCUGUGUGUUCCUGAAGGCUAGACCAACUUCAAAUAGGAGAUCCUACAAUAACUACAAGUUUUCCCGCAUGCAGUAUUACUGUACUCUGAAAAUCAGAGCCGUCCUCUCUGCAGACAGUUUGAAAUAAAAGGGCUGAAUCAUUCUCUGUGUCCUGCAGAGCGGUGCAGCGUUUUACCUCAGCUCAGUCAGCUCGUUCAACAAUACAGACCUUCUUACAGUAAUGAAGGACGGCCAGCAGCCUCGGAUUGUGGUGGUCGGUGCUGGUGUGGCUGGACUCGGAGCGGCCAUCAAGCUAAAAGAACUGGGCUUCACUGACGUCACUGUGGUUGAAGCGGCGGACACUGUUGGAGGCAGAGUAGCCAAAGCGAAUAUAGGGAAGGCAUGGGUUGACACUGGAGCUCAAUAUAUCCAUGGUUCAUCUGAAGAAAACCUGUUCUACUGUCUUUUAAAAAAGUAUGGCCUUCUCAGCCAAGUCCCUGAUGAGGGAAACACCGUGUUUUACAGACACAACGGAAGCAAAGUCGAAACAGAAUUUGCCGAACAUGUGUACGAGGCGGGGGAAAGAAUCAUUCGGGAUCGUGGAAAUAUCUCGGGGGGAAGCUUAGGAGAACGUUUUGCAGAGAAAGCUCAUGCUGUCAUUGAGGCCUCGCAGGCUGAUAAGAAGAGUGUGCAGGGUGUUCUUGCCUUGGUUGGGAAAGACUACCUGCUUAGCAUUGCAGCCUCAGACCUUCACAACGUCUCUGCAGAUUCAUGGCAAUAUUACAUCAACAUGGGGGAUGAUCUCAACGUGGAAGGGUUCAUGUUUCAAAUAGUGGAAAAGUUAGCAGAGGAUUUCCCCAAGGAGCGUUUGCUGCUGAAUAAAGCAGUAAGAAAGAUCGAGUGGGACGGCUCUUUCCCUGGUACAGAAGGCCUAGAAUACCCUGUGCGUGUGGUGUGUGAAGAUGGAGCGGAGAUUCUGGCAGAUCAUGUAAUCGUCACUGUAUCUCUUGGUUGCCUCAAAGCUGAAGCAGCUAACCUCUUUAACCCCAGCCUCCCAGCAGAGAAGAUGGAGGUGAUUGAAAACCUAUCUUUUGGCAACAUGGCUAAGAUUUUUCUAGAAUAUGAGGAAGCCUUCUGGGAAAAGGAUGUCAGUCGCAUUAGUCUUAUUUGGGAUGACGAUUCUAUUGCAUCUGUGUCCACCAGUCAAACCGAGUGGCUGAAACACCUGAACGUGUUUACUGUCAUGAAACCUGAGGAAAGGUUUGGCAAUAUUCUGAUUGGUUGGUGUCCUGGAGAUAUAGCUGACCUGAUUGAAACCAUGACAGAGAAGGAAUUAGCCAGUGCCAUCACUGAACAUAUCAGGAUUUUUACUGGAAAUCCACAUAUUCCUCCACCAAAGAGUAUUCUGUGCACACAGUGGCGUAAAAACAACUUGACGCGCGGUUCCUAUACUUUCCUCCCUGUUGGUGUAGAUGGGAAAGUCAUGGAUGUCCUGGCUGAGCCUUUGUUGGCCACUAAGAACCCUAACAAGGAUCUUCAGGUUUUGUUUGCUGGAGAGGCAACCAUAAAGACUCUGUAUGGUACAGUGCAGGGAUCUAUAACCUCCGGACACAGAGAAGCAGAGAGGCUGGCGCAGCGUUAUGGCAGGACAGCACCCCCUGCUGUUCACUGUGAGAGUCACACUUAAGGGCCCACUGUCACACAUUCUUCCCUGAGUUCCACUCUUCCAAAAAGAGUCCUAACUGAUUUACAGACCUUAUCUUAUGGCCUCAUAACCACAUGACCUCUCUAACAGAUUGUUUUUUGCCUGUGCUUUUAAAACUUACCUCAUAUUUUUAAAUAUAUUUUUCUGCAGUUUCCUUUCAAGAUCAAUAAAGAUCUAUCUGUCUGUC